GCUUCAUGCACUCACUCGAUCUCCUCCCACUGUAAGACGCAUCUGUGGACCGUGAACCCUGGAGUGCGGAUCUGACACGGUUUACCUGGACACAGGCUGCGUGGGAAUCGAGCAACGAGGCACAGAAAAGGAGCAUUUCUUUUGAAUGGUACAUUUUCCUUCAUCAUCAGCCAUGGCGAGCCGAUUCUUUCACUUGCUGCAUUUAUUUCUGAUCCUCAACUCCGGCUGGGGUAAAGUCGCUGUCGAGGAUGUUGGUCCAGCCGUGCGUAAAGGUGCCGAUGUCGCGCCGACUCUGGAUGAGCGCGCCUUUGCGCACGAGAGCGCAAACAAGGACAUGGUCUCCAUCAACAUGUUCAAAGUGUACGAGAAGUACAGCAAAGAAGCGCAGAGCCAGCGCGACGGGAACACCGUGAGGAGUUUCAAAGCUGUCCCGAGAGUCUCACACGGCAAAGAAGUGUUCCAGUUCAACCUGUCCUCCAUCCAAGACUCGGAGCUCGUCCUCUCUGCAUCGUUCCACUUCCUCUACAAGCGACAACGCCACCACCAGCAACCGUGGCGUUUCCGAAGACCUCGCCAUCCAUCCAGCAGCUUCCAGCAAUCCUCCUCUCCUCAGCUUCUCUUCCAUGGAUCAAACUGGGAAACACCGCUGGGAAACAUAACUCUGGCUCCUUUCAAGAAAGGGUCUUGGCAAUCGAGGGAUGUUACGACGGAGGUAAAACACGCCAGAGAAGUCAAAGAGUUUUUGAUCACGGUUGAGUUUGAUACGGAGUUUGGGGCAGGUCAGACGCAGCAGAGGAGCUCUCACGGACACGAACGCCUCUCUUCGGGAAACUUACCGUAUAUUCUGGUUUAUGCUGACGAUCGAGCCAUAGAUGAGCCCAACAGUGUGGCUAUGUCACUCCAGCGGUACGGACCCUUCCCUUCGGGGGACGACUUAUCCUCCUCGACUUCAGCCUCAAGGAUCCGGAGGGAACUUAAUCUCCAGAUCCAAAGAAAUGACAUCCCAGAGGUCCAUUUCAACACCUUGAAGAAUCACGAGCUGUGGCAGAACACUUAUUUCCCAGCAAAAGCUAAAGCAGCGGUGAAACCGGGGCGGAAGCAGGGUGAGGAGAGCAGCAAGGGCCUGAGUAAGCCACAAGUGCUGAGCUUCGAUGAGAGAACAAUGAAGAAGGCUAGGAGGAGACAGUGGAGUGAACCCAGGGUUUGUUCCAGGAGGUACCUCAGGGUUGACUUCGCUGACAUCGGCUGGAGCGAAUGGGUGUUGGCGCCAAAGUCGUUUGAUGCCUAUUACUGCGCCGGGACGUGUGGGUUCCCCAUCCCAAAAGUGGCACGGCCGUCCAACCACGCCACCAUCCAGAGCAUCGUCAGAGCUGUGGGAAUCGUCCCCGGCGUGCCCGAACCCUGCUGCGUUCCGGAGAAGAUGAGUCCGCUCACUGUCCUUUUCCUCGACCUGAGCAGGAAUAUGGUGCUGAAGGUUUAUCCUGGCAUGUCCGUGGACACCUGUGCCUGUCGGUAGGGCUGAGGCAAAGAGAGAAGCGACGUGGGACGUUAAGUGAGCCGGCAGCAGGACGGCACUUUUCAGGUUGUGGUGAGACACACUGAGGACAUCUGAGAGAGGACUCAAGUAAAAUAGCUGAGGUCUCUGUGUGAAUAACGUUGUUUUUUUGAGGAUUUUCUGAGGACUUGUUUGACUUUGCCUUAACUUUUUACUCCUCAUGUAACAAUUCCCCAUCAUAAACCUGUGUAUACAGUACAUCUCUGUAAAAACCUCCUGCAGGUAUAUUUUCUUUUAUUUCUAAAUAAGCUGUUACUUUCAGAAAGUUUUGAUUUUGAUUUGCUCUGGUCUCAGUCUGGACUUCUUUUUGGGAUCUACUCUCGACUCCGUUUGACUACGGCCCAGCGUGGGAAACCUUUACAGCCAGUUUAGGGCUUGAUUUUGAACGAGCAGAUGAUUUGAAUUUCAACGCCUUCUGAAACCGUCUAGCAUCAGCAUCCACUGCUGCUCGCCUCCGUCUCUCACAGAAGUUUUGACAAACUGAUGAACUGCACGUUGGAGGGUUUGGGACUCGGAGGUCAAAUGGCAGCAUGUUUACAUUCCACCAAAUUAACCAACAGAUGUUGUGUAAAUAGCAAAUACUGCAGCUCCUUAGACAAACUGAAUGGUACAGUCACUCUCAGUGAGAUUUUGAUGUGAUAGAACCUUCCCUAUAUUUUAGAAAAAAUUAAAUAAAACUGUUAUUCAUGCAUGAGAGGUCAUAUCUUUUGAAAAGAAAUAUGUAUUCCAGUGUAAAUUAUAUUUUGUAAGUGAGUAAAAGAAGUACUGAGUUACAUGUUUCUGAUACUAGCAAAGAGGGGGAAAAGUAGUGCGUUACUGCCCCCUGCUGUGCAUUUUGGGAAACCACAAAGACCUUACUGUGGCUAUUCAAUAAUUACACAUAAUACACAUAUGCUGUCGAUCAAUAAGACGUGUAAAGUUUGCAAUAUGUACAGUAUAGAUCAAAUAUUUCAAUAGUAACCAACUCUCCGUUCACCAAACCACAGACAGUGUUUACUGUGCAUGGUAUAGAAAGAAAAACAAGAAAUGUAUAUACAGCCAAAUAUACGUAUUGGCUUUUUUUUUAGGUUUUAUUGAAAAUAAGAAGUAUGUAAAGCAUAAAUAUACAGUUCAUAUGUACAUAGAUGUUUUGUUUUCGUAUACACCUUACCAUAACCUGCAGACAUAAUAUAUAUAAUAAUAUUAUAAUAGUUUCUAUACAUUAACAAUAUGUGACAUGUAUUUUAUCAUAAAGACAAUAUUCAUGGUUUAUUAAAGUGUUGUGCUAAUAUUGAUCAUGUUU